CUUCCUGGAGAGAAAAGGAAGAAAGAUGAACUGGUGCAAAAGUUCAGCUAAAAAGAACAGGCCUGGUGUAAAGUGGUGUAAGGCUUUAUCAUCGAGGCUCCCGAUUAUCACUUAUACAUGCGACUAUGCGUACGACGUACUUCCGAAUAUAAGUCAGCAGCAGCAGCAGUAGCAGCAGUGUGUCCCAGCGUGUUGGCUCGCGAUCAAUACUCAUCCGAACGGAUAUAACGUGCAGCAGUGCAGCGACGAUUGUUGUUGUCUCGUGAGUAGUUGAGUAUUGAACUUAUUCCCGUGGAGUCCCGAGUUCUCAAACGAAUGUUUCAUCUGCGAUAUAAAUUUUUCGCAUGUAAGGUUUAUUUUUUCGGUGCAAAAUAAAUAUGUAUUUAUACAUUGUGUACAAGGUGCUGCUCCACAUAAAUAUUAUUGUGUCUUGCAAAGAACAUUAUUGUCAGAGGAAAUCUCGAGAAACUCGUUGAGAGUGCAGUGAUUGCUGAAUUUUGUAUUCUGUAGCGCGCUUAGAACAAAACGGCGAAGAUGAAGAGACAGAAUGUCAGGACUUUGUCGUUAGUAGUGUGUACAUUUACGUAUCUCCUUGUUGGCGCCGCGGUAUUUGAUGCCCUUGAAUCGGACACUGAGAAGAAACGCUGGGAAUUUCUCUCGGAGAUACGCCGUAAUAUGAUGAGGAAGUAUAAUAUUACGCCGGAGGACUACAAGAUGGUCGAAAUUGUAAUAAUAGAGAACAAGCCACAUAAAGCAGGACCGCAGUGGAAAUUUGCGGGUGCUUUCUAUUUUGCCACUUUAGUAUUAGCCAUGAUUGGUUACGGACAUUCCACUCCUGUGACCAAAACCGGAAAAGCAUUUUGUAUGGUAUAUGCAGUGGUAGGAAUUCCUUUGGGAUUAGUAAUGUUCCAAAGCAUUGGUGAACGAUUGAACAAGUUUGCAUCAGUUGUGAUUAGACGAGCAAAGACGUAUCUCAGAUGUCAAAGAACCGAAGCUACAGAGAUGAAUCUCAUGCUAGCGACUGGUUUACUUUCAAGUAUAAUUAUAACGACAGGUGCUGCAGUGUUUUCGAGAUACGAGGGUUGGAGCUACUUUGAUAGUUUUUAUUACUGUUUUGUGACGCUUACAACUAUAGGUUUUGGUGACUAUGUCGCUCUUCAGAAUGAUCAAGCGCUUUCCAAUAAACCUGGAUAUGUGAUUUUGAGUUUGAUCUUUAUCCUAUUUGGUUUGGCCGUAGUUGCUGCCAGUAUUAAUUUGCUCGUAUUGCGCUUCAUGACGACGGAUUCCGGUGAAGCGCGACGUGACGACACUGAGCUGCAAUCGGCUUCCCAUCACGUUUUGACGUUAGACGGCGAAGUUGUGGCGGUAAAUGGAAAGCUUUUGGCCAGUCACGUGCCUGUCGUGCACGACACGGACGAUUGUGUGAGCGUAUGCUCUUGCACUUGUCUAGGCCCAGCGAAUUCUGAACUAUUGGAUCCUUCCGGAUAUCAGGGAUAUCGACCACCCCCGACUUCUGCCAGUCUCCGAGUAAAACGUGCGUCCGUCUGAUGGAGGGAGUUUCGUCGUCGCAGUUUACGUCGCCGAUUUUCAAAGGCCGAUAGCCGAGAAUUGCUCGGCAUUGAUGUUUAAGAUUGCUGAUUCCCCGCACAAAGCUCCUCGCGAGAAAAUACCGCACACUGUGAUACAUCUACGAAGGACAAUUUAUAACUUUUCGUAAAGAUUUUCACAUUCUGUGUGGAAAGUAAAUUUUAAAAACUGCCAUUAAAAAAAGUAUUUGAUGUUUGAUACGUCUAAUUAGAACUCUGAUUGUUGAUCGUUGUCCGAAUCCUGGCUAAAAUUUGAAGAGGGACAUUUGAAUAAUGUGUUCCUACUGCAUUUUUUGACAUUAUAUCAACCCGUAUCCCAAAACAAGUUGAUGCAUUUUGAUAAUUAAUGUUGCUCAACUGUGUCGAUUUUUGACGCAUGGAUGACAUGUAUGUAACCCCCCUUACGUUAC